GAGAGAGCUGCUAGCGUGCGCAUGGUGUGCAAGGGUGAAAAAGGUAAAGAGAGUGCGCAUUAUUAGCCAACCCACCAUAGUCGGAGGAGGAGCUUUGUUAGGUCUGUGAACCGCUCAAGGUUGCCUCUAAUUUUGGCAGCCAAAGUCCCCCUCUUUCUCUCUCCCUCUCUCUCUGAAUCUUUUUUGGUUGAUCUGAGAGAAAUAGUAUUUGGGUUUGAUUAUACAUACUUGUUGGAGUUCAUUGAUCAGAUAAAAACCCAGAAAUGGCUGCUCCACCGGCAAGGGCUAGAGCCGAUUACGAUUACCUCAUAAAGCUUCUAUUGAUCGGCGACAGCGGUGUUGGUAAGAGUUGCCUUCUUUUGCGCUUCUCAGAUGGUUCCUUCACAACUAGUUUCAUCACAACCAUUGGCAUUGAUUUCAAGAUAAGGACUAUUGAGCUUGAUGGAAAACGAAUUAAGCUCCAAAUUUGGGAUACAGCUGGUCAGGAGCGGUUCCGUACAAUCACCACUGCUUACUAUCGUGGAGCCAUGGGCAUUUUGCUGGUCUAUGAUGUUACCGAUGAAUCAUCUUUCAAUAACAUAAGGAAUUGGAUUCGCAACAUUGAACAGCAUGCAUCAGACAACGUUAACAAAAUACUCGUAGGGAACAAGGCUGACAUGGACGAAAGCAAACGGGCUGUGCCUACGUCCAAGGGCCAAGCACUUGCUGACGAAUAUGGCAUCAAGUUCUUUGAAACUAGUGCAAAGACGAAUCUAAAUGUGGAGCAAGUUUUCUUUUCAAUAGCAAGAGACAUAAAGCAACGGCUUGCAGACACCGACACUAGGGCUGAGCCUACCACGAUCAAGAUCAACCAACCAGAUCAGGGAGCUGGGGCUGGUCAAGCUGCACAAAGAUCAGCUUGCUGUGGUUCUUAAGUUGAUUACAUUGUGAUCAAAGGGGGCAUUGGAGGCUUACACAAUGUUUGAAAAGACAAAAAACUAAUUGUAUGACAAUACAAUAUGAUGGUGCUUGUAAUCUUCUCUUUCUUUUUUCCUCUUUUCUUUCGUCUCAUUCUUUUGAAACUUAGUGUGUGAAAGGUAGUCUCUUAUUGUUUCAGAUUUUUCUUGUGGUAAAGAAUUGACGUGUAACCUGUGGCAGACACAUUUUUGUUUACUGUGCUUGUGUUAAAGAUAGAUGGAUGCUUGUUAUCUGAGAUUUGGAUCUUCAUAUGUGGAAAUAUUAAUCCUUGCAGCCGAAUU